GGCACCGGCAACUUUGUUCCGGUUCGUCUCUCUUUAUACAUGCAGGUGUAUAGGUGAGUAAACUGCGACAUACUGCGGCAUAUAAGGUUAGAGCUAACUCUGCUUGCUUCGAACAGCGGGAUAUUAUGAGCUCCCCCGUGAAGACCCUAAUGGCAGGUAUGUCCCUUUACUUUUUUCAUUCGGUAGACGUCAUAUAAUGUGCCAAAAAUUAUAAUGUGGUCGCGACAACUUGGCCCUUCAUCUCUUGGACUUCCUUUAUAGCGUCUGUAAAAUUGGCCAACUUGGUUUUUGUUUAAAAAACAUUCAUAAUCAAAGCAACAGUGUAAAAUGAUUGGAAGCAUUUUUCAGGUACUGGCCAGGCCGUGGGAUGGACGGUGUAUGUACACUUUGUGUCACUUGCUCGUCUUAAGUUUGUCUGUGAAUAUUUCAGUGUUACGAUAUGAGAUGUAGUUGUUGACCCUAACAACUAUUUACGAUAAGCCCCAGAUAGCAGUUUUAAACUUCUAAGAACCGGCUAAUUGCCCCUAAGCUCCAGGGGGGUGCAACAAUUGUAUGUAUAAUGGACGGCUUACUUAUAAUAAGUAAGUUUGGCAAGCUUAAAAGAGGAACAUAUUUCUUCUCUUACUUGCUUAUGUUCGGAAUCAUAGUGACUAGAGAGGUGAGAGGUGCUACAAGGAAAGAGGUACCACUCGUAAAUCCUAUUGAGAGUCCUUAUCGCUAUUUAUAGUUAUAUGACAGGAACCUUUCGUAGAAUAGUGGCGACGACGAAAUACUUAAUAUGUAUUAUAGGGAUUUAGCAGGAUAAGAAAAUAUCAAAAAUAGAAUGGGAAAGCUUAUAUUUAUAUUAAAUUAUGAUUGACAGUAAUUCAGCAGAACUUAAGCACACGUGCAAAACAAUGCGGUGUAAUGCGGUGAAGUGCGCAUUGCAUACGAGUGGUAAAACGAGUUUGAUAAAUUCGUAAUCUGGGACCACUGUAGGCUCGAUUAUUGUUCAUUAUUCAGAAGCAAGGGAGGCUAAUAAAAUAAAAAUAAAGUAAAAUAAAUGACCUCAAUUUGGCAUUUGUUUCUCGGGAAAGUUCGCGAAAGGAAAAGGGAUGGAGGACCGGCUGAUCACAGGUUAAGAAAUUCGAGCCUAACUCGGUUUCGCUUGUCAUACCGAUCGACUGGGAAAGUGGCCCGAUAUUGCUCAGCCAAUCACAGAGGGAAGUCUUGACACAGAUCAUGUCUUUGCACGCGAAGGGCCAACAUCACCAUAGCUGUCGAAGCGUUUUGAAAUUAUUGUAGCUGACUGAAAGAAUUUAGUUAACACAGGCUGUGUUAACCGUGAAGAUUUGCAUACCGUAAAUCUUCUAAUUAAGCUCCCUCUCUGAUAAAUACCUCCCCCCGCCCUCUUUUCUGGGGGAAGAUAGUUACUAAGCCCUCCCCCCACCCACCCUCUCUUUCAAGCUUCCUCCACUCCUCCUUUAUUCUUAAAUGAUAAAAUUUAUUGAUUAAGCGCGACUGUAUCAUCUGCAGUGUGACUGGUCCGGUCUGAUUUACCCACGUGCGCACGCGUUCGGAUUUGUUUUUAAUCUUCGUCUAAAUCUGACUUCCCACUUCAUGUGCCUGUCAGUUUUUCCUACCACUUUCCUUCUAGUUUUUAUGUGGAAGACUUGAUUGCAUGAUACCAUUAUCUUCGCUUAAAUAACAUAAGCUCCCUCUCUUUAAGCGUGCUUGAAAUAAAUCAGCCUCCCAUUGGGCUAAAAAGAGACUUAAUCACUGAACAGAUAUAGCGGAAAGACUGAACAUUGGAGUUCCAUUCACUAAAAUUUUCCCAAUGGAAAACAGCUGUAGGAAAUCUAGGAAGAUUACAGAGUGUUACCUCGAGGUAAUAACGAAGUUCUAUACAUAUCCUGAUAUAACAAAGUGUCGAGAAGUCCUUGAAAAAGCAAACGGUAUUCUUCCACCCCCUAAUAGCAACUGAAUCUAUGGAAAAGGAACUCGAUAACGAAACCGCGAACGUAUUCUGCCAGUCACUUGGCUGUUCGUAAUAUGAGGUUGUCAAUGUCUUCAAUUGGAAGCGUCAUUGAAUGAAUGUUACUAGCUAAAGGCUUCGGUAAUUUUAAAAAUAGCAUUGGUGUAAAGGGGGAAUUCCCGAUCCUGAAGUGUUUUUGAAAUUCAUAGACAUUUUUUUUAACUUUUUCUAGUGAAAUGUAAUCUUAGCUAUGAGAUCUCAGCUAUGUUGUCAAAAAAAAUAUGAUGAUUUUACUUGCUUUUGAAAGAAAGGUUGAGAUCAAGCGGGCCGGCCAGCUUGCCAUGGAUGAUAUAAUCGAAAUCGCAGAGUUCGUGGCUUCAUAUUCUCUGAAAAAAAGAGAAUCAGUGAAGCAGUGCAAAGGAACUCGUCUGACAUGCGCAACUCACUUAUUUAACCUAAAUGACAUCACUAGACAGCAGUCAAUAAUUUCAGCAGUUACAGACCACUGAUUGUUCAUUCCACGUGCAAGGUUUGUCGUUUCAAAUUAUGUUUCCUUCAAGUGUUACAGUCUUCUUCCUCUUCGGUUUGUUUCUUCAAGGUCUUCCGAGAGCUUCGUGUGGUGAGUUUCUCCUUUAUUUGUCAGUUUGUUCUAACGACAAUACUUCUACUCAAACAUGACUGGAAGGUUAAUCCUUUUUUAGUAGGGUAACCAAGCGAGGUUUGUCAUAUAGUCGUCGUUCCUCGGUUUCCAGAUAACUUACCCAAACAAUAAAACUUUUGCUUUGAAACUCGGGAAAUUUUUGUCGACGUGAGUCUUUCAGUCUUUUCUUUCUAUGCCGAAGUUUCUUGAUAGCCGCAACAAACGGUUGUGCAAAGGUAUGUAAAACAAGGAAAUUAUGUUUAUCAACUUGCUAUUCUCACUAACAAUUCAAUGCUGGAGUCAAGGAAGUAGGUAUUGACCCUGUUGCUAACCGCCUGGUCAUGUCUCAUUACACGUGCGUUUGUAAAUUUAUACAUGCUGUCCACCGAUUGUAAAUAAUCUAGGUCAAUUAUUUGACCGUACACCGUACAUAGUAGAAAUUACAGUUACAAAGGUGUUUGUUUCCUUUUUAAACACGUCAGGAUUUUUCAGCCGGAUUUUGUCAUGGAACUGCAAAUUAAGUUAUAGCGUGCACAGCUGCAGGCCUGUUAAGUACCACUCGAGCGCUGUAUGUUUAUGGCGAUGAGCCGCAAGAAGACUGCGUCCUACGCAAUAAGAUAAUUUAUUUAACUUCCGCUUUUGAAAAAUUUUUUGGAAGAGCAUAAAACUUCUUUAAUUUCUCUUUAAAAAUUACGUUAUUACACAAUAACGUCAUUUUUUUGAAUUUAUUGGAUGAAGGCAUCUUCAUUCAUUCUUCACCAUAAAGUUGGCCAACAAUAUCUUAAAGGGACAAGUUCACGGUUCAGCGCAUGCUCAUUAAUCAAAUUACGUUUUUCCAAUUUAUUAUUAAUUCUAUCGGUUAAUAAUCCCACUCACAUGUAUCUCAGCGAACUCAGAGUGUCUUUCAAAGUAGAAGUGUAUUUCAGGGUAACGUGAAGUAGAAUGGAGGAGUACUAAAAUCGAAGAAAAUUAGUGGAUCAUGCCAACACUACCAACGUUGAAUUUAUUGUUGACCCAAGGGUUUUAUUCCAUGGUUGACUAAUUUACAGUUAUUUCCACCUAAGUUGAUCAAGUGACUGCCAGGGGAGUGUGCAGAUCGGUUCUUUGACAACAUUACAACAUGAUUAUAUUGCUUUCAUAGGCGAUACAGCAUGUCCCAGCAGAAAAAUAGCACUUUGAUUAAUGAGCAUGUACUGAACCGUGAACCUGUCCCUUUAACAAAAGCAGAGACGUCAUAAUGACGUCAUUUGUUACACGAAAAGGACCUACAAUUCCGAUCUUGCUUGCAUCUGCAAAAAGAAAAAAACAGCAUUUCGCACUACAGUGGAACCUCUCGGCAUAACGAACCUCUACACUACAGCUGUAAAAGCUCUCGGUAUAACGAACAAUAUUCUUAGCCCCAGUCAUAGUAUACAACUAUCCGGCGAAGGGGAGGUGAAUAGUACAUACCAAGAAGCGAAGCGUCGAGGUAAAUAUCGAGCGCUGUUCACCGACCCUGAGGGGGAAAGUUGUUUUAGUAUUUACCAACAGUUGAAUAAAAACAAAAAAAGUAACUUUUUGUAAAUUAAAAAAUUCACUUAGAAGGAACUUUGUUUAUAAUUUACAAACAUUGUCAAGUGCAUUUUUACGAUUUUGUUGCAAAUUCAUCAUGAAAACAAUUUUCUACCUACUAGUAACCACCAACAAGCCAAAGUUCGUCGCUUUCUUGGUAUUUGUUUGUUCGACUGCUUCAUUUAUCGCUCAAAUUUCGUCUUCCGAAAAUGUCUUGAAACGAGACGCCAUCUUGGCUCCGGUCGCAAAACAGUGAAUAGCCAAGGAUAUUCUGAAUUACCGGGAACCAAUCAAAACGCGCGAAAAUUGCCACUCACUGGUUUGGUAAAUACUAAGAAACCUCCCUAUAGCGAACGUAUUUUGUAAGUCCUUUGGCCCUUCGUUAUAUCGAGGUUCCCGCCACUCUAGUUUUGUGGUGGGUUUAAAGGCUUUUUGACAAUAAUAUCACCAAGAAAUAUUGUUAUCUCGCAUGUGCCGGUUCUGUUGCAGUAAACAAGGCCUGGGGAUUAUAUACCAGAGUCAAAAUUAUUCGCAGUUUAAAUACAAUCCAUUUUUGAAAGCGCCGAGACGGAAAAUGUCUCCUUACAAUUUAUUUACAAUCACGCCAUGUGAGAGCGCAAAACCCUUCCGAUCGAUUCAUCCAUUGCUUCCAAAAGCGGGCGAACAGAGAACAUUAACAGUGAAAAUUCUUGAUUCUGGGUUCUUUGUCACAGUCUUAGCCUAGCGAAGGCCAAAUAAAUCUGAAACAUCCUCCGGCGCAGAUGUUCUUUAGUUAUCUACAUCACAACUCCACCCAACUCCGGCCUUCAAAUUUGUUUCCCAUGCAGCCACUUUUUAAGUAGAGUAAUGGCGACAAAACGAUUUCGAAAACUACAGUCCCAAUAAAGUCAUUUCUAGUGCGAAUUUUGACACAAAACAUUGGCUUCAUCAACUGAGUUGAUAAGGUAGAUCCGCACCUUUCAUUGGUUUGUCGCCGUGGACUUGCUGAUAAUUUAUAUAGAUUGGCCAACGUUGGGGGAUUGAGAAGCUGACGUUCCGAGCGUUAGCCCAAAGCAAUAUUUUAGAUGGUUCUUUUUUUUAUGAAUGAAUCCCUUUGUAGUCUGUAGACCUUAAUUAUUGUUAUUUUCCGCAUCAUUAUCAUCAACAUCACUAUGACGAUAACCAUCAUCAACUGAUCGCGAUCACGAUCACACCACCAUCAUCGUCACCAUCAGGGCCGGGUUGUUCAAAGCUGGGUUAACCCUUUCACUGCCAAAUGUGACCAAAGGCAAAUUUCGACCAAAGUUCCAAAUUUCAUUUUCUAAAAUUUUGAGAAACGAAUGGCAUCACGUGAAAGUAAAGGCAGAGAGCUUUCAUCUAAAUGGUUACAUCAUAGGAUUUCGUCCAUAGACUCAAAAGUUAGAGUCACCUUACGAAACCCCCUCAAACACUCUGGCAGUGAAAGGGUUAAGAUAACCCAGGGUUAGUGCGAAAUUUGAGUUCAGAUUUGAAAGCUUAAAAAGUAAAUUCAGUUUAAUUCUUUCUGUCAACAGGUUAAUGAUUGGAUACUCGUACGAAUAACAGAGAAAAUUAUCCAAGAAAUGCUUUUGAACAAAAAAAAAAGAAAGCCGGGUUAAAUUUAACCCUGGAUUAAGCGCUAAAAAUCGGCCUUCGAACAACUGGGCUUAGAUCGUCACCAUCAUAAUCAUCAUAAUCACCAUCAUUGUUAUUAUUAUUAUAGACAAUUAUUAGUCAAGAGUGAAAAAAAUAUUAUGAUGUGUCCUUAGUGUAGCAGAGGAAUGGUCUGCGACAGUUACUGACAAAUCACGGUAAUUUACAGACGGGUUCAAUAGUUUUUCACCAUUUAUUUUAUUCAUUAUUGUUUUAUUUCAUCAUUUACAGUUUUGGGGAAAUGUGGAACAGCCUGCUCAGAUUCAACUCAUUCCCCCCCCUCCCUCCCCCCGCCUUAAUUUUGAAUGGCUAGCAUGGAAACUGAGCAUUAAGAACGAAAUUUCGAAAUCGCUAGCCGAAAUGUUCAGCUUAAAUUUUAUUGUUUCGAUUUAACUGUCAGAUUACAAUGCCGGAGCUUGCGGUCCCGCUAUGCUUGUUUCUUUCACUUUUUCAAGCAUUCUACCGAUUAAUUUAAUGAUUUUUGUUUUUCAACCAGAUGAUUUUGGAACAAUUGAGUACGUUGCUAUUGGUGUGUCAUUGGGAUUAGCAGCCUUCAUCGUAGUUUUCAUUGCUUUCUAUUGGUGGCGCGCGCAAAAUGCCUACCCAAUGGAUGCCAGAGAAAGAAAUGCGGGAAUCGUAAGUACUGUUCUCGCCACUAACCGAGAGUUUCAGUAAAAGCCUUUUUAUUAGUAAACCUGUCGAACCAAUGAAUGAAUUUCACGUGUCUGUACAGUGCCGCAAAUGAUCGCCGCGAGCGAAGAUGAUCUCCAAAAAUGGACCGCAACGUUCUCGACUUGAACUGGGUCAUUGUGUCAAGUUUAUGAUCAUAACAAUUAUUAAAAGUAUCAAACUGCAAAUAAAUGCAAAAGAGGAAAUGAUUGAAAAAUCAUUCAAAACUUUGUUCAUUCAAUGAAACACAAGUAAACGUGUUGUUCAGUUACUCAGCAGCAUUCCCGGGGGAAUGCUACCUAUAGCUUGUGGCCUAUACUGGGAGGCUCCACCCUAACCCCUUUUCGUAUCGCAGGUUACAUCGCUUAGAGUUAAUCUGGACUGAAAUUAAUAGGAGAAACAGUGAAGCAAGUUUCACAAUCAAGAUUACACUCAAACACCAACCGUACCUUUCACAUGCGUACAGCCGUAUCUAGCGGGCAGUGGAAGCCACGGAUAGCUGUCCGACCCAAAUGAAAACUUAUCACCAAGGCAUGGCCAUAGGACAGAAGUUGGGCUGGAAGGGAUUUGCCAAGCUAAUUGCCCGGAUGAUAUAGCCGUGCACAUGCGUACUUAAGGUAUUGGCCGAGACUGUCACCUGCCGGCGGUAAAGUGUUUUCCUGAUUAAAAUAAAUUGCCUGUUUUUCAAACCGAGAGGCGAGGGAUUUUUUCUUGGUACGAGAAUGUAUUAUGGUCUAUUUAUAUAUUGUGGGAUUAUAAACACUAUUUUAAUAACUUUUGUUCUCGUUUUCAGUAUAAUUCCGCAACUGGUGCAGACCAGACAGGACAAAGAAAUGCGCAAGGCAUUUCAACGAGCCAGCUGUGA